CACCUGCGUGACGCCACUUCCGGUGUCACCUGCGCCGUCAGGGAGGUAAACACGGUGCGGACCAGCCGCCGGGAUGCAGCCGCCUGGAGCCGCCCCGCUGGCGCUGCUGGGCGUCCUGCUGCUCCGGGGUGUUCACACGGUCCUCACCUUGGAGAUUAAAGUGGAUGCGCAUGUCCGGGGUUACGUUGGAGAGAAGGUCAAGUUGAAAUGCAUUUUCAAGUCGACGUCAUCUGUCACUGACAAGCUCACCAUAGACUGGACCUACCGGCCCCCCAGCAGCAGCCGCACCGAGUCAAUUUUCCACUACCAGUCCUUCCAGUACCCCAGCACCGCAGGCACGUUUCGCGAUCGGAUCUCCUGGGUCGGAGACGUGUACAAAGGGGACGCGUCCAUAAGCAUAAGCAACCCCACCACCAGGGACAACGGGACCUUCAGCUGCGCCGUGAAGAACCCCCCAGACGUGCACCAUAACAUUCCCCUGACGGAGCUCACAGUCACAGAGCGGGGCUUCGGCACCAUGCUGUCCUCCGUGUCCCUGCUUUCCAUCCUGGUCUUCAUCCCCUCGGCAGUGGUGGUGGUGCUGCUGCUGGUGAGGAUGGCGAGGAAGUCUGCGGGGCUGAGGAAGAGGGGCAGGUCUGGCUACAAGAAGUCCUCCAUCGAGGUUUCCGAUGAGCUGAAGAUGGAGAGCAGCGUGCUCUGCCCCCUGAGGCCAGUGCUGCUGGGCUAUUUCUUGGGCCUGAACGCCCUGAUGGUGUCCUCCCGGGAGCUGACGGUGCACGCGGGGGAGCCCGCCCUGCUGGGCUGCAUGUUCCAGAGCGUGGAAGGGAAACGCGUGACCAAGGUCGACUGGACAUUCUCACCCAGGGAGCACGACCAGGUGGACUACGUGCUGUACCAUUACUCCAACCUCAGCGUGCCCGUGGGGCGCUUCCAGCACCGGGUGAGCCUGGUGGGGGACCUCGCACACAACGACGGCUCUCUCCUGCUCCGAGACGUGGAGGAGGCCGACCGGGGCACCUACACCUGCGAGAUCCGCCUGGAGCUGGAGAGCCGCGUGUUCAAAACCCACGUGGCGCUGCACGUGCUGCCGGCAGAGCCCCGAGAGCUCGAGGUCCAUGUGGGUGAUACGGUUCCAAUGGGCUGUGCUUUCCAGAGCACGGAAGAGAAGCUCAUGACCAAGGUCGACUGGACGUUCUCCCCAGGGCAGCACGCCAAGGAGGAGGCGGUGCUGCACUAUUCCGCCGGAGGCAGAGGACCCCCGGGGCCCCCCCAGAGUGGGGGCCGCUUCCGGAACCGCGUGGUGCUGGUGGGGGUCACGGCGCACGACGGCUCCGUCCUGCUCCAGGGAGCGCGGGAGUCCGACGCGGGCAGCUACACCUGCAGCGUCCAGCUGGGGGAGCUGGCCUUCAGGAAGACCUUCGCGCUGCUCGUGAGGCGGAGAGAGCCCGCAGCGCUGGUGACCGCCACGGCCCCCAGACCCGAGGUGCUGGGCGGGACCCAGCUGCUGAUCGUCGUGGGCAUCGUCUGCGUCACUGUCCUGCUGCUUCCGGUGCUCAUCCUGACCGCGAGGAGGAUCCAGGGGAGUAAGAGCUCCGGGACGUCCAGGGCCCUGGAGAAGAGCCUGGAGGACAGGGACAGGGCUCGGCCCGAGAAGCAUGUUUACUCCUCAAUCACCACGUGGGAGGUGCCCAAGGAAGAAGAGCCACGUGACAGGUCAGAGGCCACCUACAUGACCAUGCGCCCAGUGUGGCCUCCCGUGCCGAGAAACCCACCUGGGCAAGCCUUUUAAGAAGACAGUCCCUCACCUGCAGGAGGCAGAGGAGCCCCUGUGUGGCCAGUCCCCGUGCCAGCGUGCAGACCCCUCCCAGCUGCCCUGCCUGCCUGGAUGGACAGAGGCUGAAGAUGGGGGCUCGGAGCCUGGCAGGAGGGUGGGCACCUCUGGACCAGGCCCCGAUGGGAAGCAUGGACAUGGCCCUCUGGAGUGGCCCUGGGACCCCGGCUGAGCUGCCCUCUGCACCCAGCACCCCGUCCGGUCAAUCCCUCGAGUUGGCAUCUUUGCGGAUGUGACCCUGGGAAGAAUCGCAGUGAAAACCAACCCGAAUGUUUCCUUCAGCACAUCGUCCCUAAAUAAAUGUGAUCUGUGGAUGUC